CGGCGGCGGAGAGGCAUGCGGGGCAGUCUCUGCUGCGGCUUGACCUUGCGGCGGCGGCGGAGGGGGCGGCGAGGGGGGCGGCGGAUGGGGCGGGCGGGGCGGCGGCUGAGGGGGCUGCGGCGGCGGCGGAGGAGGAGGGCAUGUAUUGGCUGGAUGUCUGCCCGCCGGCGGGCGGCGCGACUGCUGCCGGCUGCCGGCUGCGCUGGUGCUGGCCUAGCGGCAACCCGGGCGCGUCGGGCGCGUGGGUGGGUCUGCACGGUUGCGAGGGCUGGCCGCGGGGAGGGCGGUGGCGCUUCCCUCCGUGGCGGCGCCGCUUCAAGACCAUCCGGAGGGACGCGGUCCUCGGCGAGACGCUCUUCACGCCGGCGGAGCUGCGCGCGCUCGCGGACGGGAGGUACGAGGCGGCGCUGUUCCGCGGAGACGACCCCGUCGCCGUGUCGCAGAGCAUCGAGCUGCGGGGCGGCGCGGUGGCGCGCGUGUCGGGACUGCAAGGCCUGGCGACGCGGUGCGGCGAGGUGCUCUGUGCGCGGCCGGACCGCGCGCAGCGGCAGCGCAGCGGGUCGACGGUGGGCGAGGUUGCAGUCAGGGAGGGGUCGUGCUCGGGUGACGAGGCGGCGGAGGGGGG